GCACCAUACUCCCUUAAGACCACAUUGUUAUCUGAGACUUACCAGCCAUUUUACCAAGUACUGAAGGCGUUCUACUAAGGAAAGUAAUCACUGGUAAAUACUACCAUUUCUUGUCAAGUAGCUUAGAGACGACUUUAUUUUCGUAAUUUCAAAAGAAGUACUUGCAUUAAUUUAUUUUGGAAACUUGCAAAUUCUAGGAUCUUGAAGACAAGUUACUACACAGUGGUUUACAAUGGGAAUUAAAGGUCUUUCUCAAGUGCUGGCGGAUAAUGCUAGUUCUAGUGUGAAACACAAUGAUAUUAAAAACUACUUUGGUAGAAAGGUAGCUAUCGACGCAUCUAUGAGUCUGUAUCAGUUUCUUAUUCAAGUUCGUGGACAGGACGGGCAACAAUUGAUGAACGAGCAAGGAGAAACAACUAGUCACUUGAUGGGAAUGUUUUAUCGAACAUUAAGAAUUGUUGAUAAUGGUAUUAAGCCUUGCUUUGUGUUUGACGGAAAGCCACCAACUUUAAAGUCAGGCGAAUUGGCAAAGCGAGUUGCUCGUCAUCAAAAGGCCAGAGAAGAUCAGGAAGAAGCAAAAGAAGUCGGAACUGCUGAAAUGGUGGAUAGAUUUGCUAAGCGAACAGUAAAGGUCACACGCCAACACAAUGAAGAAGCCAAACAUCUACUAGAUCUGAUGGGUAUUCCGUAUGUAAAUGCCCCCUGUGAAGCUGAAGCCCAGUGUGCUGAAUUGGCCAAAUCAGGGAAGGUGUAUGCUGCUGCUUCCGAAGAUAUGGACACUUUAUGUUUUCGGGCUCCUAUUCUGCUUCGUCACCUUACCUUCAGUGAGCAAAGAAAAGAACCUAUUAGUGAAUACUACUUUGAUAAGGCAAUAGAAGGUUUAAACAUGCCGGCAGAGCAAUUUGUCGACUUGUGUAUUUUAUUAGGCUGUGAUUACUGUGAUCCAAUUCGCGGUGUUGGACCAGCAAGAGCUAUAGAACUGAUUCGUCAAUAUGGAAGUCUUGAAAAAUUUGUCAAAGAGGCCGAUCGAACAAAAUUUCCUAUCCCGGAAGACUGGCCGUAUGAUGAUGCACGUAGGCUGUUUUUAGAAGCGGAGGUUAUUCCGGGAGAUGAAGUGGAUUUGAAGUGGAGAGCACCUGACAAGGAAGGUAUCAUAAAGUUCCUUGUUAGUGAAAAAGGCUUCAAUGAAGAUCGUGUCCGACUAGGUAUUUCUAGACUUGAGAAGGCAUCAAAAACUGUACCACAAGGGCGUUUAGAUUCAUUUUUCAAACCUGUACCUUCAAGUCCAAAAAAGCCUGCUGAGACUGGCAAAGGAGUAAGCGGUAAACGGAAACGUGAUACUAAAGCUACUACUGGAGGCAACAAAAAGCGAUAGAUUUACUGUUACUUUUUACGGAGGUUUCGUUUAUGAUGCUUAUUUUCUUUUGUUUAUGUAUGAUUCUAUAUGGAAUUUUUUGCAUAGUAAUAGCGU